AUGCCCCAGCUAGAAGAACACUUGGGUAAAUUUGAUGUCGAGGUCGCAGAAAAAUUCGACCCCACCUCUUACUACGAGCAGGCUGCCGGUCGUUUGGUGAUUGAUCCUCAGUUGGCUAAGGUCGAGUUUGGCGAGGCACUGGCUUCGAUGCUUAAACUGAGCCCCGACGGCUCUACGAUUCUCUGGCCCCAACCUGCCAACGAUCCGAAUGACCCACAGAAUUGGAGUGAUCGGCGUAAAGCACUGCACCUUCUUGUUAUUACUCUGGCAGCCAGCAUACCAGACUUUGAUUCGGGAAUUGGGAUUGCUUCAAUCUUUGGAUUGGCACAGACAUAUCACACAACAACAGGUGUUAUCAAUAACCUCACGUCCAAUUGGAGCAUUUUCCUGUUAGGGUGGGGUGGGAUCUUUUGGGUCAUACUCAUGCGACGUUACGGUCGCCUUCCUGUGCUAUUUUGGACACAGAUUUUUGCCCUUGCCUUCCUCGUUGGCGCUACAUUUUCGCCGGACCUAGCAACCUUCACAGGACAUGGCCUGUAUGUUAUCACUGACAUAUUCCCAUUCCAUCUCCAAGCUAAAAAAUUGAAUAUUUGGACUCUUGGAUUCAUCAUGCAUGUUUUCAAUGACUGGCGAUGGGCCUAUGGGAUUGGAUCGCUGUACAGCGCCGUCAUUGUACUCCUAAUUGGUCUGUUUUUGGAAGAGACGAUGUAUGACCGCCAUAUGGAUCACAACCCACAACGAAUAUUGCCAGGCAUACAAUAUAGACUCGAGACCCUGAUUGGCAUCACAGGGUACAAGAUGGCCAAGUAUCGGUCACACUGGUCAGAGGUUGUAUGGGCAUGUUUGAACGUUGUAUGGAGACCUCAGUUUAUCUUGGUUGUAUGUUUUGAAGCCUUUGUUUUUGGAUUCGCAGUUGGCAUCAAUGUGACGAAUGUCGUUUUUAUGGGCUCCCCUCCUCCAGUCGGUUUUGGAUUCAGCCAAUUUGGGGUUGCUGGUGCCUAUGCGACUCCGAUCCUAGCGGUGAUUCUAGGAGAGUUGGGCGGGCGAUUUCUCAAUGAGCGAAUUAUGAACUUCACUGUCCGGAAGAAUAAAGGUAUAUUUGAGGCCGAGAGUCGAUUAUGGGCAUGUUAUGCAGCAAUGCCACUAUUCAUCUGCGGCUUCUUGACACUGGGAGCUGGUAUUCAGCAUUUGAACAAAGCUGCAUUUAUCAUAGGGUGGGGGAUAGCAGAAAUAGCAGUCAUGAUGAAUACAGUUGCCGUCUACGCAUAUUGCAGUGAUUGUUUCCCGCGGCAUCAGGGAGAAAUUAGUGCUUUGCUCAACCUGGCGCGCGUGCUCGGUGGCUUCAGCGUAGCAUACUUCCAAGUCCCAUGGGCGACAAAAUCUGGUGGAAUUCAGACAUUUGGUGUUGAAGCAGCGAUUGUCAUAGGAUUGUUUUUAAUUGCUGUGCCAACGGUGCAACUGAGAGGGAGAUAUUUCCGAGUGCGUGACAAUAUUAUUAUUAUCUGA